CCCCGCAGCAGCAGCAGCACGAACAAGGCUGCAGGCAGUUCAGCGCGCACUAGCGAGCACUUCUGCGCCUCCGCAAGGCAAGAUGGCCGCUGCGAUGACCCCGAGCAAGUUUGACGCUUUGCAGGAAGUGCCGGUACUGUUCGAAGAACACCAGUUUACACGCACGUAUGUUAUGAACCGCCCAAAGGCGCUCAAUGCGCUCAAUGAGGAGAUGAUAGACCUCAUGCGGCCGAAGCUAGAUCUAUGGAACUAUACCCCGGGAUGCAAGAUUAUCAUUGGGACUGGGAAGGGAAGAGCAUUCUGUGCAGGGGGGGAUGUACGAGCGGUCGUCAAACAUGCCAGCGAGGGGGACGCGAGCACCCGCGCCAAGGCAGCCGAGUAUUUCAGAAAAGAGUUUGAGCUUGAUUAUCUGCUUGCCAACCUCCGAAAGCCCUAUGUCGCCGUCCUCGAUGGGAUCACUAUGGGUGGCGGGCUCGGACUCUCCGUCCACGCACCAUUUCGUGUCGCCACGGAGAACGCGCAGUUCGCCAUGCCAGAAACUAAGAUCGGGUAUGCCCCGGACGUAGGGGCGACGUACUUCCUCCCAAAGCUCGAUGGGUGCAUUGGGGCUUAUCUUGCACUUACAGGGAAUACGAUCAAGGGCCGGGAGGUGUAUGAGCUGGGGCUGGCGACACAUUUCGUCCCUUCGGAGCGGAUCCCCAAGCUGUUGGAAAGGCUCGCGCAGCUCAACCCGCCCGAUUUUGACGCUGUCAAUGCCGCUAUAGAAGAGUACGCCGCGGAUGACUACUCCGCUCUCUCGACCGACUUGGUAGGUGAGAAGCGCCGGAUGCUGGACAAAGUCUUCGGGCAAGAGACAGUGGAACUUAUCGUCGAAGAACUCCGGGGAUUGAGGAAGCGCGAGGACUCGAUAGCCGCGUGGGCAGUGACGACGCUCGAGGAGCUCGAGCUGAGGAGCCCGACGGCGCUCAAGGUGGCCCUCGAGGCGUAUCGUGCUGGAAAGGGAGGUUUGACGCUGAGAGAAGCGCUGCUCGUUGAACUGCGGUUUGCCACCGCUUUCUGCAAUGGCGCAAGCCCCGACUUCAUCACUGGUGUCAAAGCCGUCCUUGAGGACAAGAUCAAAGGCCGCCCCACAUGGGAACCAUCAACACUCAAAGAGGUCACCGCUGACGACAUCUGGACGCGCUUUUUCUCCCCCACAUCCCCCUUCACAAAAACGAUGCCCAAAAUGGACCUUGAUUUCGUUGAGCCCCUCAACCCGCCGAGGGACGUGAUGCACUUUGCCCUACCCUCGGAGAAGGAGAUUGGGCGCGUUAUUAGAGGGGAGGAGAAGGACAGCGGGGCGUUUGCCGUCACGGCCGAGGAUGUGGUCAGGUGGUUUGCGGAUAAGAGCCCUGGAAAACCGGGUGUUGCGGCGAAGGUUAGGGAAGUGCUGGAGAGAAAGGCGAGAACAAAGAAAGACGGAUACUUGCAGUGGAUCCAUUGAGUAAUGUAUCACCGACGAGUGGCAAUGAAUUUGUU